AUGGUCAGCACUGGAAAACUGCCCAUCGUCAUAACUUUCCAACAAAACACACAUCAUAUUCAUUUUAAUAUUUGCGAAAAGCCAAUCGUAAAACACGCAUUUUUCUCGUUCAGGGAGCGACCCGCAGGAGAGGGGGCAAAACCCAUCGCGGCUUCAUCAUGCAGGCUCCCGAGAGCCCCUGCCCGGCCAUACCCCGAGCCCCUGAGGCCCCGCAGGCAGGUGGCCAGUGCUGGGCAGGCUCUGCUGGCCGUGGGUGGGCCGGGUGGCCUCGCCACGCCUCCGCCGUCCCGGAGCAGCCGCGGCCCCGGCGGGACCCGGCGGGAGCGGAGCAUCACCGGGCGGGCACGGAGCAUCACCGGGCGGGAGCGGAGCGCACCGAGGGAGCCGCGGGCCAUGGCGGGCAAAGCCCACAGGCUGAGCUCGGAGGAGAGGGAGCAGCUGCUGCCAAACCUGCGAGCCGUGGGGUGGAACGAGGUGGAAGGCAGAGAUGCCAUCUUCAAAGAGUUCCACUUCAAGGACUUCAACCGGGCCUUUGGCUUCAUGACCAGAGUGGCUCUACAGGCAGAAAAACUGGAUCACCAUCCCGAGUGGUUCAACGUGUACAAUAAGGUUCACAUCACCUUGAGCACCCACGACUGCGGGGGUUUGUCGGAGCGAGACAUCAACCUGGCCAGCUUCAUCGAGCAGGUGGCAGCUUCCCUCUCCUGAGCAGGGAUCCACGCACCCAAAAACCCCACUGUGCCACUGUGUCCUGCCUCGACGGCUGCACCCAGAGCCUCUUCCCGCUUCCCAGCUAGAUCCUGGAUCCAGACAGCCCCACACCUCGCCGGCCGCCCCAGCGCAGCUCAGAUGGAUGGAGGCACUUCUCCGGGUGCCUGUGUCCAUCUCUGAUUUUCCACAUUCCAUCCUUAAACCCUUCCUUAGCCGUGUGAUCCCACACCCCCACCUGCUGAGCCUCUGACCAGGAGUCAGUCAUAUCACAGAGUCACGGGAUGGUUUGGGUUGGAAGGGACCUUAACGAUCCCCUUGUUCCGCCCCCUGCCAUGGCCAGGGACACCUUCCACCAUCCCAGGCUGCUCCAAGCCCCGUCCAACCUGGCCUUGGACACUGCCAGGAAUCCAGGGGCAGCCACAGCUUCUCUGGGCACCCUGUGCCACUCUCACAGGGAAGAAUUUCUUUCCAAUAUCCCAUCCAAACCUAUUCUGUGUGAAUCCGUUUCCCCUUGUCCUGUCACUACAUGCUCUUGUAAAAAGUCCUUCUCCGUGUUUCUUGUCAGUUCCUUCAGGCACUGGAAGGCUGCAACGAGGUCACCCCAAAGCUUCUCCUCUCUGGGCUGAACAAUCCCAACCCUUUCCUCAUAGCAGAGCUGCUCCAUCCCUCUGAUCAUCUUGGUACCUCCCCUGGACGCGCUCCAACAGGUCGAUGUCCUUCCAGAGUCCAGUUACACCACUGUGCCAGUAAAUCUGUCCAGAGCCUGCCCCCAUCCUGCCCCUGUUGCUGCUCCUUACCUCCUGGAAUGUGCUUUCUGCCUAAAACCCGUUUUGUGACCCCUUUGGCUCCUCUGUGGCCAAGCAGCAAGGUGCUGUGCAGUUUGUCAUUGCUGUAACCCCUCUCCAGCAGUAUUGCAUCAGGCACAUGGUCUCAGCCCGACUGGAGCCAGCCUUUCCUAGGAUACCAACUGAAAAUGUUUACAAUAAACAGCUCAUUUAACCUGG